UACUCUUUACUACUCCCUCCCUACAGGCUACCUCCCACACUACAAACAAGAAUCAAUCGGUACUGAAGUUUCGCCGUGUCUACCUCUCAACUACCACUACGAGUACGAAGUUAGACUUUUUUUCCUUAACAACUUUUAUAUAUUUUUUAAAACUAUGGCCGACAAGUUUGAGAAUGUGACCGCCCCGAAAGGCGGAGAGGAUCAGCUGGCCAACGGUUUGUCCCGCGGCGGCGGCGGCUCGUCGGAGCCUCUCUCCCGGCGUGUAAAGCGAAUACUGAUGGCAAACCUCCUGGUGAUUCUGACCGUGGCGGGCGUCAUUAUAGGGGUUUUCAUCGGCCUCGGCGUGCGCAACGUGGAACUCUCCCGCACCCAAAUCAUCUACAUCGGCUUCCCAGGCGAGUUGCUUAUCCGGCUGCUCAAGAUGAUUAUUAUCCCAUUGGUGGUAUGCAGUCUGGUCUCCGGGGCGGCAAGUAUCGAUCCAAAAGCCCUGGGCAAGCUGGGAGGUUGGGCGAUGCUCUUUUUCCUGGUCACCACGUUGAUCGCCUCAUCCAUCGGCGUGGUGAUGGCCUAUAUCAUCAGCCCUGGCUCGGUAACGAUGGGAAAACCUCAAAUUGCCGGCUUGGAUGCCAGCGUCCCCGAGCCCAAAGAGGUCAUAGACUCCUUUUUAGACUUGAUCAGAAACAUCUUUCCCUCCAACUUGGUGUCUGCUGCCUUUCAGUCUUACGCAACAAGCUACAAGCUGGUGAGCGUUAAUAACACAAACGGAGUCCUCAACUACACAGCGGAGAAGGUCCCUUUUGGAACAAACCAGGACGGGAUGAAUAUUCUUGGCCUCGUCGUGUUUGCCAUCGUGUUUGGUGUGGCUUUGAGGAAAUUGGGGGAGGAAGGCGAGAUCUUGAUUAAGUUCUUCAACUCAUUCAAUGAAGCCACUAUGGUGUUAGUCUCCUGGAUCAUGUGGUAUGCUCCUUUUGGUAUCAUGUUCCUUGUUGCUGGCAAGAUUGUGGAAAUGGAGGACGUUGGCACGCUAUUUGCCAGUUUGGGAAAAUAUAUAGCAUGCUGCGUUGUCGGGCAUGCCAUUCAUGGCUUCAUUGUGUUGCCCGCCAUUUACUUCGUCAUCACAAGGAAGAACCCGUACACUUUUCUGUGGGGAAUAUUCACUGCUCUAGCCACUGCCUUUGGAACAGCGUCCAGCUCUGCCACACUCCCCCUGAUGAUGAAGUGCGUAGAGGAAAAUAACGGCAUCUCCAAGCAAAUCAGCCGCUUCAUUCUUCCGAUAGGCGCCACCGUCAACAUGGACGGAGCCGCGUGCUUUCAGUGCGUGGCCGCCGUUUUCAUCGCUCAGUUGAACAACUAUUCCCUCAACUUCAUCCAAAUCAUUACCAUCCUUGUGACUGCCACAGCAUCAAGUGUCGGUGCAGCAGGAAUACCCGCUGGCGGGGUAUUGACGCUUGCUAUCAUCUUGGAGGCAGUCAGUUUGCCCACCAAUGACAUAUCCCUCAUCUUGGCUGUUGACUGGCUAGUGGACCGCACAUGCACAGUGAUAAACGUGGAGGGCGAUGCCUUCGGAGCAGGCCUCUUGCAGUUUUUCGUAGACCGCACUGCCAAGAAAGAAGGAGGAGCAGAGCUAGGCGAGGUCAGACCCUUCACACCACCCGCUGAGCACUCGCCGCUCAUUGAAGUGAAAGGCAUCGGACACCGCGACAACAACAAAACAUCAUACCCGGAUAAAGAAUCUGUCAUGUAAAUCACGCUUGACGUGAUCUCGAGACUUUCUGGACCUUUCUUCCUCUCUCGCUUUAAAAGGUUUGUGAAGUGAGGAUGUACUUGAUGCAGCACAUGAACUGGCAAAGAUUUUUUGCAGCAACAUUGUGGCAUUUGAAUAAGCCUUACCAGAAUCCAUAAGAGAGCAUGAGUCGUGGAAAUAUCUGAAGGUAGAAGACCAAUGAUUUCCUACAAGUUAUGUCCUAGAUAAUAGUAAUUUAUUAGAGGUCAAGUGGAGGGACAUACCCAUUGGGACCUCUGUUACAAUUUAGAUAUCACUUUGUUGUCGUGUCACUGUGCCAGCUUCACUACAAAAAAAAGUCAUACGAGUAUAUGCAUCAGUUACGUUUUUCAACAAGGAUGAUUUGGAGGUAGAUAUCUGAUGCUUUGCUCCAAUGUUAAUUUCAAGCUCGGAAACAACACCAUUUUAGCUACAAGAUCAGUCCAGUUUGUGAGUACAGUAUUUAUUGAGAGAUUUCAACUGUAUUGACAAACAGAAAAAGGUAGAAUCAAGCUUUUUUCCCUAUAAGCGGAUUGGGUGUAUAUAAAAUGCAAUCAUGGACCACAUGCUGUGAAAAAUAAGACUAGAGGUGAAUGAGUUAAUUUGCCAAAAAGAUGAUGGCACAUUAGCAUCAGACCGGCUGUUCGCUUACUGUUUUCAUUUGUGCUUUCUUUGAAUAUUACUCAAAAGGUUCAAUAUAGGUACUAUAUAUAUAGCAUGUGCUGUGCUGGCUAUAUGGUCCGCCAUGCAGAUAUUUCCCAUGUUACACUUCUAACAUUUGGAAUAUCCGUUCCUUAAAAUGGAGAGUAUGCAGUUUUUCACCUCACGUCACUAAUCUUUUUUAAAAUGUAAUUUUUGCAGAACGCACAAUCAAAUAAUAAGGUGAGAAAUAGGAAAGUGAUAAAUGUACAUCAGGCAUAAACAUGGCAGAAUUGACGUUGCGUGUCUUAUCUUUUGAACUGCUUGAAGUCCCUUUGCCCUGCUUCUGUUUGCAAUUUUAUUUAUUUUCCAGAGUUGGAUAUUCCGAAAGUCCCCAAAACUCUCCUGUAGCCCAAGGUAAGGGGUUAAUGGGAGCGUGCCAUGGCUUAUUUCACCUUACAAUACAAACGCCAAGCUCCCUGUUUAAUGGACAGUUGACUUUUUGUCAUGUUGACCUUGUUCUAAUAGGAUGUGAAAUUUUCAGGGUACAAUCAUUUUAUGCUACAGUGGAGGUCUGCUUGGACAUAGCCCACUUGAUUUUGAAAAUUUCACAAAAACACCUGAAUUUAAUGUCAAGGUUAUUCAAUCAAAUCCUUUACAAACACAGUUAGGGUAAAAAUAGGUUUGUGGGAACCAUGGUUAAAAUGGUGAAGGAACAUCCCCUGUUGAAUUUGGUGUAGUGCACUCCAUGCUUCUUUGUUGACUUACUUCAGACCUUUCUUUGUUGUGUGUGAAAAAAGUGAGCAAUACUGUUAACUCUAUGUUGUCAAAAUACCAAAACUAAAAAGCUGACCUCAAUGCCACUACAUCUCAGGUAAAUAUCUAAGCUUGCAGAAAGUUGUUUUUCUUUAAAACCAAAAAUCUUCACUGCUUUAUCGCCUUUUUCAAACACUAAGUCAAAUUUGUGUUUCAGCCUAAAAGCACACAGGACAAAAGGUGGAAAUGUACUUGUAUAUUCAUGUCUGACAACUUUUAUUCUUCUACUGUACUAUCAGAGCUGUUAUUUCAAACUUUUUGCUGUUCUUGGUAAAAUUUGGGAAAUCAUUGUACGCUAUGAAUAUAUCUGAAGUUUGUAUAUCUUCACUUGUCUUGAAGAGCAUUUCUCCAUGGUGCUUCCACUGUUAUCUCUUUUCUCUCCAUCUUAUGGUCUAGCUAACUUCGCAGGGUGGCACUCUAGUCACUGGUCUUCUUCCAAAGCAUGCGGUUAUCUUUUCCAAAGUGAAGCUGUCGUACUAGUGAAGUAAGCAAGAACCAAAGAAACAGCCACGUUUUCCUCUGUUACACUCAUCGGUACAAGGUUGAUAUGAGUGUGUAGAAACUAUGCUUGCUGUAAGUAACAAGGAAUUCCAAUAUGUUGUGUAUUUUCUAUUUUGAUGUUUGCAAAAGCGGGGGAGUGUCAUAAAAUCUUUCAAUUUUGGACAAUAAAUGUUUUUUAUGAUUUAA